AUGGUGGAAGAACGUGCCAACACUGAAGUACAGACCGAGGGACAACGAAAGACAGACCGAAGGACAGACCGAAAGACAGACCGAAGGACAGACCGAAGGACAGACCGAAGGACAGACCGAAGGACAGACCGAAGGACAGACCGAAGGACAAACCGAAGGACAGACAAAAGGGCAGACCGAAGUGCAGACCGAAGACAAACGGAAGGGCGGCAGACAGACCUAAGGACAGACCGAAGGACAGACCGAAGGAAAGACCGAAGGACAGACCGAAGGACAGACCGAAGGACAGACCGCAUAUAUUAUCCGAUUUCGCUGAAAUUUUUGAAGCAGCAGGUAGUACGUAUCUCGUUGUUGGUCGAUGGUAAAUGGGUUGCCAGAGAGGGGCACGGUGAGAACAAGCAACUCCAUUUGCCAAAGCAGGUAGUACGUAUCUCGUUGUUGGUCGAUGGUAAAUGGGUUGCCAGAGAGGGGCACGGUGAGAACAAGCAACUCCAUUUGCCAAAAUACAAUGCCAUUUCGCAGAGAACAAGAACAAAGUUUAACAGCAUCAAGGCUGUCUAUGAAUGUGAGAUCGUAAAUACAAUGCGCACUCAGACUCAUUCACCUUCUACAAAGCAACUACAACAACAACAACAAACCAAAUGA